AACAUCAAGUUGCAACAAUGGCUCAAGAGUUGGAAGGUGCAUGAAAAUGAACCAGACUUUCUUUUUGCAUAAUGGAAUCUACUCUAUCUGUCUAUCUAUCCAAGAUAAAGCCCUAUUCUUUUUUUAUCUUCAGAUGACUAAAGCCAGGCUAGAUCUGCCAGCUUCCUGCGUCGGCCCGCCGCAGUCCAAUGUUCAUGUUAACUGUCAUUACAGAACAUUCCCUUUUCCACCUUUCUGCAGGUGCUGAUAACAAUAAUGCCAAUAUACAAUAGAGACAAAUGAAAAGGGCAGAGAGAUAUUAUUGAGCUAGCCUUGCUAACCGCCUCCAAUAAGUCAAUAACUGGUUUUUGACAUGGUAUUAGAGAUUUCUAAAAUCGUGAGGUCGAUCUCAAUGAUCCCCAUAAGCCAUAUGUUCUGUUAAGCACAUGGUAUUCUAGACCUGUGCAAACUUCAGUCUCCUCAAAAUGAGUUUCAAGAGGAGACUACUGAGCUCGAACCUGGAUGAAUUCAACACCUAAAUCAUCUCGAAGAGAACCUUUAAUACGAGAACUGUCAGACAUGCUUGAUUUCCCAUUUUCUCUCUGGGCACAUUGUGUUCGUUUGCUACUGUUUUACUACUAGAUCAUAACUGCAUAUGCAUAAUAAUGACUGAAAAAAGCUGAGAGAGGGUUGAUAGUGGGAUGAACAUAUGAAUCUAUUGGUUUUGAAUGAAUUAUUGGCAAGUGAAAGAAGAAAGGAAGGAAGGCAGGCUUUGGAGGAGUAGAGAAUUUGCCCAAUGGAUGUGCAUUAUAAGGUAUUGAUUCCCACCACCCACUCUUUUUUCACUGCACUAUGUGUAACCUCAACUGGAUACAACCUUCCUCAUUAAGACAAGGUGCAGGCAUUUAGAUCUCACUCAAACAGAUACUUCUACUUCUAUGAUUGUGAAGUUUCAAAGUUUUCCUAAAACUUAAGUCAUCUUGACACGUUCCACCUUCGAGAGUCGUGCCUGGCUGUCUCGUACAUGUGGCAUCCAAGUCAGCAUUUGAGAGAUCAAUGAACGGAUAAGGGAGAACCUCUCUAGGAUAGAAUCAAAACUCAACUAAAUGUUUCUUCGCUAACACAAUUUUUUUUUUAAACGUUCUUUCAAUUUAAAACAUACUUGAUGAGGUUUACGGUUAUAACCAAUUGAAAGCACAAUCUUUUAGUUUUUGAAUAAUAUGAGUCUUACACCAUUACACAACUCUAUUAAAGAUUCAUAUGCCAAGUUGUAAACUUUUUGUCUCUUUCCCCUCAUUUUCUUAGAUAAUUGCAUGCAACUGACCAUAUUUACUUCUCUCUCUCUCUCAACCCUUAUUUAUUGAUAUAUGGAAACAUGCAUUACCAUUGCCUCAUAAUAUGAAUCAAGCAUGGUCAACAAAAAAGUUAAAAGAACAAGGUUAACCAUCAAUGUAUCUCAACUUAAAGGUGCCAAAAAGGGUUUAUAAUAUUAGGGAUUGAAAUAUUCCCUUUCUAUUAUACAAUGGUCCCAUAAGACUUGGAAAGGUGGGUGCAAAACUAGUAUAUAUAGGACUCCAAACUCAACCAACCAAAAUCCAUUCACCUUACAUUUGCAAGCUCUCCUCUCCAAACAUAGAACUCACUAAGCUACUAAACAACUAGUUUUUCCUUUUCCUAACUAAGCCCUAUUCUUUCAAAUUCUUCCAUUCAAGCCCCUUGAUUCUUCCCUAGAACAAGAACAAGAAGAAGAACAGCAAGAUGAGCUGGACAGGAGGUGACUGGAUGUGUGCAGCAUGCCAACACCAGAACUUCAAGAAGAGGGAAGGCUGCCAGAGAUGUGGCUACCCGAAAUACGGAGGGCCUGACGUGGCAACAUACCUGUACAACAGGACAGAGGUGCUGGCAGGGGACUGGUAUUGCAUUGGCAUGAACUGUGGUGCACACAACUAUGCCAGCAGGACCAGCUGCUUCCGAUGUGGCUCGAUUAAGAACGACUAUGGCGCUGCUGCUGCUUAUGGGUCCGAUCCCAAUGCACCUCCUGGAUGGAAGUCUGGUGAUUGGAUCUGUGCUAGGAUGGGUUGUGGAGCACAUAAUUUUGCUAGCAGGGGAGAGUGCUUCAAAUGCAGGACACCAAGGGAAUAUGGUGGUGCAAUGUAAACCAGCAGAGGAACUUAGAUGUCUAAAGCUUAACGCCAACACAACAACUUCUUUUGGUCUCUUUUCUUCCUCUUCAUUUUGAAGUUUAAUAAACAGUUUUAGGGUUAGGUUUUUGUUUAUGGUUAAGGACCUAUUUUCUAGCAUUUUGCUCUUCUGGGGAAGGGUGUUUCUUCCUGCCUUUUGUAACUCUUGUGAUGUAGUGGGUGCAUGGAGGGUAAUGUACUUACUAUCUGUUACAGAAAAGAGAAGGAAAAAUUCCCAUUUGCUUCCCCAUUUUCCUCUCAUUUCCUAUACUAAAUGGAGAUAACACUCUCACUCUUACAAAAUAGAGCUAUUCGGUUACAACAAGCGAUAUCAUAGCCUGGUUCGGAUUCGAUUAAGGGUGGUGGACGUCGAUUCUGUGGACCCUCAUUCGGUGACCUCAGGAUUUGAGAUCUUCCUAUGUUGGAUCAGUGGAUGUUUGUGUCUAUCUGGUAGAUCAAAAUAAUUGCUUAUAUAAGUGUCCACCAAGCUCAUUAGUACAAGACCUUUUAGAAAGAAAAUCCAAAAAUAAAUCCAUACGUAUUUAGCCAAAAGCGAACAAUAUCAUAAGGAGCCCUCGACACAACAAUAUGGAUUGAGGAGUUGGCUUCAAAGAGUGUGUGGACAGGUUCUGAGACAAUAUGUCUGAGAGCAAUAAUUUAGGCAUAAAAAAAUCUACAGGGAGGGACUCAUUUUUAUACACAGGGCUCACACCUCAAUAAUUUCAAGUAGAUAAAGAACUGGAUGCUUGUCAAUUGCUACCUUUCCAUUUGCCUUUCAUUAUCAUGGGCCUAGGGAGUUCUUAUUCCAGUUAGUAUUGCUUACUAAAAUUUUACGAUCGAAUUCACGACCAAAAGAUUGGUCCAGUGAUAAAUAUCAUUCUUAUAAAAGAAGUUUUUUCGUUCGAGCUCCCUAGCCACGGGUUCUAACAGAGGACCCAACUCGUUACUACAGAUAGAAACAAAUAGUGACUGCAAUAACUCAUUACUAAUUAGUCGAACUAGUAUCGUCUUGGUGUCGAAUAUUAUUUUUUGGCUUUCCUCUUUUGGUGGAUUGCUUGAUGAGUAACUUCAUAUGGUCCUCCAUUUUGGUAGUUUCCAUAUGACUUCUCUUGCAAGUUACCAUACAUUGGGCUCAAAAUGUUAAUUCAAAGUUUUAGUCCAACAAGGUUUUCCUCAAAGCCCCUAAGAAGUGGGUUAAAAAAUAAAUUCAGGCCCGUAUU